UGUCAAACCCCCCCCCUCCUCUUGCGUUUCCAAUUUCAUCCCCUACCCAAGGGGUAGUUUUGUACCGUGCGCAUGCACCAUCGAUCGUCAUCAUCAUCAACAUCAUCAUCAUGCUUUAUGAACGAACCUUCGCAGCUUCCUGCGAUUGGUAGAAAAGUCACCCCUAGUGCAGCAGCGGGUUUUCAAUGAACGUAUGUGUGCGUGCGUCCGUUCGAGGGUGUUGGUACGGUCGAACCCAUUGGCCGACGGGCGCAGUAUAAAAGCGUCCGGGAGGGGAAGCUGUGCGUCAGAACAACUUCAGCUCGCCAACGUAAAACACACGCCGUACGCGCACCGUCUAUGAAUUCGUGACCCACGGUACGGUUGGAAUUUAUUCGUUUCGAACACUUUUUGGCCGUAUUUAAGCAAGCAGAGUUACGCGUUAUGAUUUCACGAUUUUAGUGAAGUGUUUUAUUAAGUGAAUGGUGUGUUGCUUUAUAGCCCAAUAUCCUACUGUGGAUUACAAGCAAACAAUAGCAGUGAUCAGUGAUCGUACGGAAAAGUCUCGAUCAGAAGCAAAAAAAGAGACUUAUGUGAUUGAAAGUGACGAAAAAAAAAAACAAAGUGUAUACUUGAACCAAAGACGAUCGCAAGUGUGCUAAAGAUAAACUUCCAGCUUCGUGUAGUGCAUGUGCAGUGUGCAGCGAAUGCUUUUUGAUGGUCGUUGAAAGUAUGGUUAAAAUCGAGCCCACCAUGAUGAACGGUCAGACGAUGUUCGGCGUGGCGCGGGCACCACUCAAGUCCAGCUUCUCGAUUAACUCGAUCCUGCCCGAAACGAUGAAAUCAUCACCCUCGCCAACGCCCUCACCCACACUACAGUCCUGCCCAUCACCGAUCGGUUCCGAGGAGCAGGAUCACGAUCUUACCGAUACGGAAAGUGAUCUGGACGUUACCGGCACACCGCCACCAAUGGAUUGCAGCAGCAAAGACAAAUCGGACGAGACGGAGGGUGAUGGGGCGAGCGGUAGCGGGAGUCCCUCCUCGAGCCCGGCCAAGGACGGUGAGAAGAAGGGCAAUGAAAAGCCACCGUACAGCUACAACGCACUGAUCAUGAUGGCCAUCCGGCAGAGUGCGGAAAAGCGCCUUACACUGAACGGUAUCUACGAGUACAUCAUGCGCAACUUCCCGUACUAUCGCGACAAUAAGCAAGGCUGGCAGAACUCGAUCCGUCACAAUCUGAGCCUUAACAAGUGUUUCGUGAAGGUACCGCGCCACUAUGAUGACCCCGGCAAGGGCAACUACUGGAUGUUGGACCCGUCGGCGGAGGAUGUGUUUAUUGGUGGUUCCACUGGCAAGUUGCGUCGUCGCUCGACAGCCGCCUCCCGUAGUCGGUUGGCCGCCUUCAAGCGUUCACUCGUCGGUCCCAUGUUUCCCGCGCUCGGAUAUCCUCAGUUUGGACAGUUCCUGUAUCCUUCUCAUGCGGCCCAAGCCCAGACCGCACUGUUGGCCGCCCAGAUGUAUCGGUACUCACCGUACGCACCCAGUAUGGCACCAAAACCACCGACUCUCCCGCUUCCCUUGCCGCUCGGUGCCGUCGGGUCCGGGUUCGGUAUGGAUCGGUUGCUUGGGGCCGGUGCCGCAGCGGCAGCCGCUGCCGCCCAGAUGCAUCCACAGUCGCCGAUGGCUAACAGCCCGCAGGCACAGCAGGCCGAGAUCUACCAAAGACUUCAGUACCAUCAGCAUCUGCUGCAGCAGCAUGCGGCCGCACAGCAGGCAGCGGCAGCCGCCCAAGCACAUCAUCAAGCGGCCGCCGCCGCACACCAUCAGCUGCAGCAGCAGCAUCAGCAGCACCAGCAGCAACUAAGUCCCACCGCCAGCGAAGGAACGCAUCCCGGUUCACCGCACCAUCCGCAUCAGCACCCGCAGCACUCACCUCUCGGCUCGUUACCAUCCCAAGGUUCGCCCACCGGCCACGGGUCACCGACGGGACCCGGUCCGAUGAUCUUCAAACCGAUCACGCUCGUAUCCCGCCAGAGCUAGGACCACGGCCCGCCCGCCCUAGAAGUGCAAGUGCAACACAAACUCUAAAGGUGGCAAAAGCCCGACCAGUGAUAGUAGCAAUUCGUUAGUUUUCGUUAAGACAAAUCCACGUCGUAGUUUAGCGCCGAUUGUUUAUUCCGUUUUUCUUUUUUGUUGUUGACUGUGCUGUGACUUAAUUGCGCUCGUAACGGCUCGAAACAAAUACGAUCGAUUGGGGCCGAUUGUUUUAUGUUUUGGUUUGGAUUUUUAAGAAACCGCACCAAGCUUAGGGAACUUUUACCAAAAGUGUCAGCAGUCGAGCGCAUGGUGAGAAAACCGAGGAAAGUAUUAGAGACAAAUGUUAGGCUUUUUUACGCGUGUUCGCGCCUUCCGAGGUUGGAAGGUGUGUUUGUGAGGUACGCAUUAGUUUAGUUGUGUAAGAUAGCAAGUGAAUCGUUAUUUUUAAGAGUUGUUUUAAUAAGAUGCAUCCAUUGUGUACAUAUAGCGAAUAUUAGGGAGAUAAAUUAUAAAAGAAAAACCAAUCGAGACGAGAUAUGUUGGAGUGGAUAAAAAACUGGAAAAUAUACCUAAAGAAAGCUGCAGACAACUGCACUUUGAUCGCUAGCCCUUCUUCGUGAUUGCAUGCGUGAUCGGGAGAAGGUGUUGGUGUGAAAAUUUAA